AUGUCCGCAUCUACUUUUUCGUCUGCGCAGGAAGCGCUGGGAGGCGAUGGGCCAACUUUACCUACUGGCUGGGUGUCGAACUGGAGCCCAGAGCACAAUGCAUGGUACUACGUCUUUCCUGCUACUGGAGCUACUCAGUGGGCGCGUCCGGUCUCCCCGCCCAGGCAACAACAAUACCAGACUCUUCAAGAUCAUACUGUCCCUACGAUUGAGAAUCAUCCAACUACCACGGAAGUGGGGGCGGACAACCAACCCCCUGGGGAUGGAGAUCGCGGCCUAGGAAAGACCGCAUUGGCUAUGGGUGGAGGCUUUCUGGCUGGCUCCUCUUUUCGCAAUAAAUUCGGGAAACAUCACGAAAGCCAUGGCCAACAAGAUGGUUUAGGUAAAAUGGCCCAGUCCGCUGCAAUCGCUGGCGCUGGUGUCGUUGGAGCCAAGAUAAUGGGUCUUUUUGGAAACAAGCAACAUCACCAACCAGCACCAACGGUACAAACGGCAGCUUACACGCAUACGCAAACACAGACGCACUUCUAUCCGGUCUUUGUGCCUGGACCCCAAGUAUCACCACCGCCAUCAUAUUAUGGGCAACAUCCGCCAGGUAACUCCGGGCAUGCUCACAAUCCCACUGCUGAGACGGUUGGAGUAGUGCCCGGCAUACAGAGCUUUGGCUCGCCACCACACCAGACGGGGGGUGCGCCUAUGUCACUUCAAAGCUCGAGUUCUAUAGGUGCGUUUCAGCCUCAGACUGGUCCACCACUGCAUAUAUAUGGUGCUGUAUUUGCAGACAAGGACGUUACACAAAUAGUCCGAAGCCUUGUAACUCCACAGCAAACCCUGCAAAUCAAAGGAGAUUCACUGGUAGAACAGUUUGGCGAUCCAUGGCCUGACGUGGAAAGAAAGAUGUUUAACGUGUUGUAUUCGUACGGAGAUCGACCCAUGGAGCUUCUUGCCGCUGAGUAA